AUUUUAUGAUCCAUGAUAUCCUACGAUUCACAAUCAUAUCUACCUCCUGUGAUCCUACGUAGGAUCCUGAUUUUGACAACCUUGCUCCUUAGGUUUCACGAAAUGACACUCUAAAUUCAUGCUAUCUCACAUCAUAAUUACCCCUCAUAAAAUAUUCUGUUUUUAAAAAAGAUUCCUACUACUCUUUGUUUGAUUUUUUUUUUUUUUCAUUUAUACAAAAGGUAAAGGUGGCUUUUCAUUUAUUGUUUAGGUAUAUCUUUUAGAAAAUAGAAUUUUCCAUUACAAAAGUCAAUAGUAUGAGCUUAUUUGUUGUAUUUACUACUUAUACAAAAUUCAAGGGGAAUGGCAUUUCCUAUAAAUGUUUUUCGGAGGUAUAAAUUAGAAGAAUGACAUGUGUAAAAUCUAAAGGAAAUUGGCGUAAUUUACCUUUUGCAUAUUUAUAUUUUAUAGAUGCCACACUUCCCAAUUCUAAUAUAUCUUCCUAUAUAUAUAUAUAUAUGGUGUAUUGUACAUUCUAAUUGCUAACAUGUUUCUUUAAUAUAAAAAGUGUGCAAACACGAACACCGAACUCUAGAAAUAGCCAAAUGACUGACGCAACUAUUCUUACACUCAAUUUCACAAUUUAAGCUGUGAAAUUGGACAUGAUAUUGGUUAUGUGUUUAGAUUUACUAUUAUUAAAUUCCAUUUCGCAUGGGAAACAGACUUAAUGAAAAAACAAAGAUUCUCUUAACGGUAGGAUUUGUCGCGUGUAACACUGUAACAUAUUAUACAAUGCAAACGUUGGACGUGUCAAUGAUUCCAUGCCUAUAUACCCGUUCUCGUAAUUUGGUUUUCCCAACCAUUUCAACUAGUUUCGCGCGAGUUACUGUUUUCUUUCUCUCACUCUCUCACUCACACACCCACUAUCUCUCUCUGUCUCUCUGAGUGCUUAGCAAGUUAGCAUACCCAAUCCGAAAGUUCAGUCUUUGAGACACAUAUUGGUCUGAGUCACUACUUAAAAAAUUAUCAACAUGUAGAAGAAGAAGUGGGUUUUCCACCUCUGGAUUUUAAAUCAAGUCCAUUAUAUUAGAAAUAUUAGUGAUAAAGAGUACGCAGAAAGAAUAUGCUUAUUGGUAGCAAUCCCAGUUGAUGUGUAUCAGUGAGUAAGGCAAGUAGAUCAUUAGCAUUUAAGUAGAAAGGAAAUGAACAUUGCAGCUUAUUAAUCCUUUUCCUGGGAGAUGGUUGCCUUUGGAAAGAAGCUGAGAGAGUCACAAAUUCAAGAAUGGCAGGGAUACUACAUUAAUUAUAAAUUAAUGAAGAAAAAUGUCAAGCGAUACACAGAACAAAUUGAGGUUGGAACACAAAAUCACCAUUUUGUUCUGAAGGACUUCUCAAGACUGCUAGAUUAUCAGAUUGAAAAAAUUGUCCUGUUCCUGCUGGAAAAACAAGGACUGCUUGCUACCAGGUUAUCCAAUCUUGGAGAGCAGCACCAUGCUCUUAUACAACAGUCAGAUGGAUCAAGAAUAUCUGAAUUGCAAGAAGCAUAUAGAGCAGUUGGACAAGAACUUUUGAGGCUUCUCUUUUUUGUUGAGAUGAAUGCUAUUGGUAUACGUAAGAUAUUGAAAAAGUUUGAUAAGAGGUUUGGCUGUAAGUUCACUGACUACUAUGUCAAAACUCGUGCAAAUCAUCCUUACUCCCAGUUGCGACAAGUUUUUAAGCAUGUGGGUUUCGGUGCUGUUGUUGGAGCCAUAUCUCACAAUCUCGCAGACCUUCAAGACCUUCAAAACAAUCAGGGGAACUAUAUUUCAAUAUAUGAUCAACCUGCUUUUUCCCACCCGGAUCCUGUCAUUGAUUCUAUUAAAUCAGCUGUAGACAGGUUAUCAAACUCAACAAAUUUCCUUCACUUCUUGGGAAGACAUGCAUUUAUUAUGGAGGAGGAAUUACCAACUCCAUCUGAAGAUGAGUGUUUUGAACAAAGAUAUCAUUUUAUGUCACUUCUCUUGAACUUGGCAAACACAUUUCUGUACAUGGUCAACACAUAUAUCAUAGUCCCAACAGCAGACGACUACUCCUUGAGCCUUGGAGCUGCAGCAACUGUCUGUGGUGUUGUGAUUGGGUCUAUGGCUGUUGCUCAGGUGUUUUCUUCCGUUUACUUUAGUGCAUGGUCUAAUAGAUCAUACUUGAGACCACUUGUGUUUAGUAGCAUCAUCCUUUUUGUGGGAAAUACAUUAUAUGCACUGGCUUAUGAUCUUAAUUCAAUAUCCGUUCUUCUGAUCGGUCGCCUGUUCUGUGGGUUAGGUUCUGCAAGAGCUGUUAACCGGCGCUAUAUCAGUGAUUGUGUACCAUUGAAAUUGCGAAUGCAGGCUUCUGCAGGUUUUGUUAGCGCAAGUGCACUUGGAAUGGCGUGUGGUCCUGCUCUUGCUUGUUUACUUCAGACAAAAUUUAAGAUUUACAAACUCACCUUCAAUGAAGAAACUUUACCUGGUUGGCUUAUGGCUCUUGCAUGGCUUGUCUACUUAUUGUGGUUAUGGAUUUCAUUUAGAGAGCCCCAUUGUGAAACUAAAGAAAAUCUUGUGCCGAACGAAGCUAAUGCGGGACAAUUAGCAAAUGUUACUGUAGAGAAUGGUUAUACACAACCAUUGCUAAUGAAAAUAGAAGCUAAGCAACAAGAUGAAGAUGAAGACCAGGAACGUGAUGAUGCUGAAGAAGAUUCUCAGGAAAUUCACAAACCUGUCACUUCAAUUGUGGUGGCAUAUAGAUUACUUACACCAUCAGUCAAGGUUCAACUGUUUGUGUAUUUCAUGCUCAAAUAUGCCAUGGAGAUUGUACUUGCUGAAUCAAGUGUCAUCACUGGAUAUUAUUUUAUUUGGCCAAUCAGUAGAGUGGCAAUCUUUCUCGCAUGUCUUGGUCUAACAGUGCUUCCAGUAAACAUCAUUGUUGGAAAAUAUAUGACCAACAUCUUUGAAGAAAGGCAAGUUCUACUGGCAUCUGAAAUUAUGGUGUGUAUUGGAAUCCUCCUAAGCUUCCACAUAUUCAACCCUUACUCUGUCCCUCAAUAUGUUGGCUCCGCCCUAAUCACAUUUGUGUCAGCUGAAGUCCUUGAAGGUGUGAACUUAUCGCUCCUAUCUCGUUGUAUGUCAUCAAGGCUUUCCCGAGGGACGUACAAUGGUGGAUUACUUUCCACAGAAGCAGGGACACUGGCUCGUGUAGUUGCAGAUGGUACGAUAACACUGUCUGGUUAUUUGGGUGAGAGUAAACUAUUGAAUUCCACCUUACUUCCUGCACUCCUCAUCUGUGUCUCAUCCAUCAUUGCCACCUGCUGCACCUAUAACUCUCUUUACUAAUACCCUUUCCCUCUAACAUGUACUCAUAUUGUAUAGUAGAGCUGAACUUGCUCAAUGAUCAAUGGUGUACAAUGCUCUAUAUUGUUGUGUUCAGCAAAUAUCUAUAUGCGGCUGAUAAUGGAAGCUUUGAAUCUAUCA